AUGCAUAAGAUCCACCGGCCAGCACUCAGUUGAUCACCUAAAGAGCAGCGCCCGGCGUCCUGUCCCCAGUUUAUGCCUCAUCUCAAGGAUCGCCCAAGGAUCCUUAUCUUGUCCAGCGUGCAACAGCAAUACUCAGCGCAGUCAUGAUCAAGUACGUGUGGCAUGUGGCUGCUCUGAUGAUCGUCUUCUGUUGGCUCUCCAGCGCACGCAGUGCCACCUACCAACACCAGAACCCGAACAGUCUGAACUCCGCCCCUCGGCCCCAAAUCCAGAGCAGUAACCCCGGAAUGGGUUCUACGGGCUUCUGGAAGGACAUGUCGCUGGUCUAUCGCAUCUACCAGCAGUGCUCGGGCGACAACAUGUCCGUUUGCCUGAAGGUCAAACUGCUGACCGGCUUGGAGAAAGCCUUCCGAUCGGCCAAGUCUCUCUCGCUCAUGGAGGGCAUUCAGUUCGUCAGUUCUGGUGGCGAAAGUGAGGAGCCCAAACGAGCUCCCGUCAGCGAAAAAGACAUUGAAGCCGUCUUGCCCAGAGGCGCGGACGCCAAGGAGCAGGUCCUAAACAACCUGAUCCUUAAGCGGGUGGGCAACUUCCUACAGGAUCACACGCUGCAGGUGAAAUUCGAAAAUGAGGCAAACUCGGUGGAGGGUCGCAAGAAAAAGGACAAGAAGGGCAACGGCGCCAUGAUCAUGAUCCCCCUUCUGCUGGGCGGCACCAUAGUGCCCCUGGCCUACGGAGCCUUGGCCAUGUUGGCGGGAAAGGCGUUGAUUGUGUCCAAGCUGGCCCUGGUCCUGGCCUCGAUCAUCGGCAUCAAGAAGCUGCUGAGUGGAGGCGGCGGCGGAAAGGAGUCCUCCCACGAGGUGGUCGUCUCCUCGGGCGGCCAUUCCGGCUGGGGUCGGGAGCUGGACACCGCCUACAGCGGCUGGAAGCCGGCGGCCAAGGAGUCGACGGGCAGCGCCAAGAGCCUGUGAGCUAGCAUUUGCAUUUGGGAAGAGGAGUAGCUCGAGAUGGGAGAUUCUCGGGAGAUUAUCGUGGAGAGUGAACCAAAGAAUCGAGCGCCGCACGAACUGUCUGACUAAUGUCUAGUUUAAUUCGCCUAAUCGAUCCUUAAUUUAACGAACUAAAUGUGUGUGUUAGGUUUAAGUAAGCCCUAAUUAAAUAUAGUAAAUUCUGCUACCCGCAAUUCGCAUAAA